AUGUCGCGCCCGUUCGAGUGUCGCGUCGACGGCGUCCGCGUCGUCGUCGCGGACGUGCGACCGACGACGACGCUGGGCGACGCCGUGCGCGCGUGCGUGACCAAGCUCGGGCGACGCGACGCGAUCGCGCUCGCCGGGACGGACGACGACGGGCGCGCGGCCACGCACGCGGCGUACGUGGACGGGAGAGAUCACACGCGGGAGCUCGGGACGGCGGUGCGGUUGUUGAACCUCGGCGUCGGGGCGCGAAUCGAGGUCCGGGCGAUCGCGUCGGGACGCGUCGGACGCGAGGGGGGGGUGGGACGCGGGACGGCGUCGAGCGGGGGGCGCGGGGGGGGGCGCGACGCGAAUGCGGGCGAGACGCGGACGUCGACGGGCGCGGAGUCGAUUGAACGGGAUUUUCGGGUGAUUCGUCGAGCGAUGGAGAUCGAGGAAGGACCGGAGGUGCCGACGGAGGAGGAGCCGGAUGGGUUUUUUGAGCUCACGACGGUGGACGCGCGAGGACUCGUCGGACGUCCAAAGGCGGAGCCGAUUUUGAUGACGAAGAAGAUGCGAGAGGCGGCGGAGGCGGGGAAGGCGAGACCGGCGCGGGCGGUGAUUCGAUUCAUGGCGCCCAUGCCGAGCGAUUUGAUCGUCGAGGCGUCGUUCUCGGCGAGUGAACGGGUGCGUGAUUUGUACGCGUUUGUCGAGCGGUGCGCCUCGAGCGCGGACGUCGCGAGUAAGAUCGAGCUCUUCGUAACCCCGCCCAAGCGCGUGCUGGCAAGGAACGACGAGACGACACUUUUGAGCGCAGGCAUGGCGCCCGCGUCGCGCGUUCGCGUGGGCGUGAAGGGGUCGUCGGGGUUGUUUGCCUCUGCGAGCGAGGCCGAGGCGCUCUUCCGAGCCGACGUCGUCGCCCUCGUCGCCGAGCAAAGACCGACCGUGCGCGUGGUGGAGAAGAAAGCGUCGGAAGUGACCACAUCGAAAGCGCCCGCGGACGCUCGAACGGCGGAGGAAAAGAAGAAAGCUCUGGCGGAUAAACUAGCUCGAGGAGGUAAGCCAUCUUGGCUGAAACUAUGA